ACAAUGAUAUCAAUUUUUUACUUUAAAUUGUGUAAUCAUCAGUGAAUUAACAAUAAAAAUUAUUAUUGCAAUGGAAAAAAUAACUGUAUGUGAAAUUUUUAAUCAAGUUGAUGACAAAUAUUAUACACUUUAUGUAAAAUGGUUUAAUUCAUAUCUUAAAAUAAUGUUAUUAGAAUCAAAAAUAUUACCGCUGAUUGGUGAGAUGAACACUAAAAGUAUAAAUGAUUUUUCUAAUGAAUUAUCUAAAUCAUUUGAUGAGUAUUUUACAGAAACAAAAAAAAUACUUUGUGGAGAAGAUACAGAAAUUAAAUAUUUUAUUAAAAAUAAAAUUUUAGAAUGGAGAAACAAUACAUGGAUCCUUGGAAAAAUUGAAUUGCAUUCUAUUUCAGAUAUUCAAGUGAUGUGUGAAAAUUUUCAACAACUAUUAAAAUUUUAUCAAAGUAUUCAAAAUAAAAUAACUAUAUUGGAAGAAAAAAAUAAAAAUUUAAUAUGUAUAAAUGAAACAUUAAAUUUGAAAAUAGAAAAAAUGAUAGAAAUCAAAACUACUAUGGAACAAGAUCUUUAUAAAAAAUUUAUAGUACUCCUAAAUUCAAAAAAAAAAAAAAUUAAAAAAUUAGAAAAUACUAUAAAAGAAAAAGAAAGUAGUAAAAAAUCAAUUUUUGAUGUAUGUACAGAUGAAAGUGAAGAAUCUGAAAAAGAUGAAACUGAAAAUUACAUUUCUAUAUUAUCUACCAGUAAACAAAAGUAUUUUAUUAAUGAUAAGCCACAAAAAAUACAAAAAAAUAAAAAAACUGAUAAUAUUUCUGAUGAUAAAAUAAUUUAUGAAGCAUCUAGCAGCAAAGAUUAUUCAAAUAAUUUUAGCUUUAAGAAAUCAAGAAGCAGUUUAACUUUUAUCGAAGAAGAAUCUGAUAAUGAAUUAUUUCUUUAA